AUGCGCUACGCAUACACCACCGCCCCGCUAGUCCUGGCCCUCCGCGCGGCCGCAUACAGCGCCGACUCCUGGACCUUCGGCUACGGAUUCUACAUGGGCCCGCCGACCAGCGGGCAGAUCACGAAGGCGACGUACUCGAUCGUGGCGCCGAGCGUGCCGCAGGGCGCAACGGUGAAGGACAGAUCCGACGAGGUCUGGGAGUCCGUGUGGAUCGGCGUCUCGGCCACGCAGAGCGAUUCCACCAAUAGUCUUUACCAGCCUUUGUUCAAUUGGUCGCCGGAUCAGGCGUCGCAGGGCUGCUCUGCCAGCGCGGACGAGUGGUGCGUUGCUGCUAGCACUUAUACUCCUACCGGUCAAAUCGGCCAGGCCUACGUCCCUGUACCCAAGCACUCGCAGGUGGAUUUCGAGAGCAUGUCCCCAACCCCCAGCCCCACCCCCAUCUACGUCGAGAACAACAAAGUCUACCAGGUCGUCACCAUGGACGGAACGGUCAUCUCCAGGCAGAACGACGCCCUCAACAACCCCUUGCAGUACCUCUACUCCUCUGACGAGUGCUACACUGGCUCCGGUACCUGCGGUACCCUGCAGGGAUACAGCUGGAACAACAUCACCAUCACCCUCAGCGAGGCGGAUAAGAGCUUCGGCAACACCCUGUAUAUGAUUGGCUCGACGAGCAGUGAUGAGUUCUCGACCUCUGAUGGCGGUAAGAUCUGGCAUGCCGAUGCGGUGGUUAUUCCUACCGAUGGUUUCACGGCGAAUUCUUAA